AUGACCGGCCCAUUGAUGACUCAGUAUCAGUACGAGUUUUUCUUGGUCUCGAAGAUGAGGUACCUCACAAACGGUUCAAAGUUCUUGCGCACUCCUGCGAACGCCCCUCACGUCCUCGAGCUGUUAGCCGUUACAUUGGAGGUUGAAGUCGUAGAAGAAAAAGAGGUUGAAGUCGUCGGAGCAGGAGAGGGUGAAGUUGUCGAGGUAGAAGAGGUUGAAGUCGUCGGAGCAGGAGAGGAUAAAGUUGUCGGAGCAGGAGAGGUUGAAGUCGUCGGAGCAGGAGAGGAUGAAGUUGUCGGAGCAGGAGAGGUUGAAGUCGUUGGAGCAGGAGAGGAUGAAGUUGUCGGAGCAGGAGAGGUUGAAGUCGUCGGAGCAGGAGAGGUUGAAGUCGUUGGAGCAGAAGAGGUUGAAGUCUUCGUAGUAGAAGUUGAAGUAGUCGGAGUAGAAGAAUGUGAAGUCGUCGGAGUAGGAGAGGGUGAUGUCGCCGAAGAAGAGGAGAGAGUUGAGAGAGAGAGUUGCGGAGAAGGAAGAAGUGAAGAUUCUGGAGAACGAGAAGGAGACUUCUCUGUGUCAGAGGCUGCCGUGUCAUUCGAUAGGGGAUUUACGUCAGGAAGCAAUGGGAAGUUAAUGGGAAAACGUUUUACAAGUGUUCGCUGCUUCCAUGGAGAACCCGCUUGA